AUGCCUCAUAAUACUCCUGAACAUGUUAUCGUGGUUGGCGCCAGCCUAGUCGGGCUUUCCGCAGCCCUAUGCUUGGCCUCGCAUCAUGUUCCAACCAUCGUUCUCGAGAAGCACGCCAGCAUCUCCAAACAUCCGCGUGCAAUUGGAUUCACUCCCCGAACCAUGGAGAUAUAUCACAAGCUUGGCAUUGAAAACAAUGAUCCAGCACCAGAUGAUUUUGUCCUCGAGCGAGCCCAUGUUGAGAGCGUGGCCGGGAAAUGGCACGACAGCUCAUCCUGGUCUGAUACAGAAAGAAAACUGAAGAGCGAAGGCCAUCCGGCUGAAAGUUCCGCACCAAAAAAGGAGUACUCAGCUGCUCGCGGAUAUGCAAAAGCCCAAGACAAACUGGAGUCCAUUCUUGAAGCUCGGGCUCUUGAGCUUGGCGCAGAUAUUCGCCGUCAGCAUAAACUCUUGAACGUGGAGCAAGACCACACUGGAGUAAUUGCUACCGUUGAAGAUGCAAAGGGAGAAACACGCAAGAUCCGAGGAUCAUACCUCAUCGCUGCAGACGGCAACCGCAGUACCGUGCGCGAACUCCUUCAAAUCCCACGCCAAGGCCGCGGGUUCAUGCAGACAAUCCAAAGUGUACUUUUUCAAGCAGAUCUGCAAGAAUGGACAAAAGAAAUUGUCCAAUUCGAUAUUGAACAACCAGACUUGAAAGCCUUUCUUGCCUCUUACAGCGACGGCCGUUGGGCCCUGAUGUUCAAAGACCAAAUCAAGCGCGACGACGAAGCUCUCCGUGCUGCAAUCUACCAAGCCAUUGGGCAAAACGAAUUUCCCUUGGAAAUAAUCACAACAGCCAGUUGGGAUCUCACAGCUCUAGUCGCCGACAAAUUCCAGUCUGGGCGAGUUUUUCUAGCCGGUGACGCUGCACACACGCUCCCGCCUAAUCGGGGCGGCUAUGGUGCGAACACUGGCAUCCACGACGUGCAUAACCUUGCGUGGAAGCUAGCCGCUGUCAUCUCGGGAAAGUCAUCCCCUGAGUUGUUGAAGACAUAUGACUCAGAGCGGAGACCCGUUGCUCUACUACGGCACGAUCAGAUCUUUGUUCGUGCGGACUAUAAGGUGCAUCUAGAUGCUGCUGUGCCAGCAGGAGAAAAGAUCGAUGACGAUGCGAUGGAAUUUGGACAGAUAUAUCUUUCAAAUGGUAUAAUCGGCGCAGAUCAUAGUUUGCCAAGGGCCAUGAAGCCUGACGACUGGAAGGGGCAGCCAGGCACUCAUUUGCCUCAUUUUUGGGUCAAACGUGACGGUGAAAGAGUCCCUAUUCUUGACAUUGUUGAUUCGGACUGGGUUUUGAUUUCGGCUUCGCCGGGGUGGGAUUUUGUUGCAUCUGGGAUCAAUAAGACAUCGUCUAUUGAAAUCAGAUGUGUUCAAGUGGGACUUGAUGUUCUGCUUGAUGAGAAGGUCGAUCUUCGGGGAUUGCUUGGCAUUUCCGAAAAUGGGGCAGUGCUCGUUAGACCUGAUGGAUAUAUUGCUUGGAGGUCAACUGAGCUGCAGGUUGAUUCUGGCAAAUUGUUGUCAUCUGCCGUGUCCCAGGUUAUGUUCCGACCUCGAAGUUAG